AUGGUGAGGAAGCCGAGCAUGGGCCGUCAGAAGAUCGACAUCAAAAGGAUUGAGAGUGAGGAGGCCCGCCAGGUGUGCUUCUCGAAGCGCCGCGCCGGGCUCUUCAAGAAGGCCAACGAGCUGUCCAUCUUGUGUGGCGCCGAGAUCGGUGUCAUCGUCUUUUCCCCCGCGGGUAAGCCGUUCUCCUUCGGCCACCCCUCCGUCGACUCCAUCAUCGACCGCUUCCUCUCUGGCAGCCCCUCCCCUAUGACUCUGCCGUCCGCCGACCCCCGCAUGCCGGCGGCGCGUGAGAUGAUGGUCGUCCACGAGUUCAACCAACAGUACACGGUGCUCACGGCCUUGCUGGAGACCGAGAGGAGGAAGAAAGCUGUGCUCGAGGAGGCCGUGAGGGUGAAGCGGGCUGGGGAGGCCGCCUUGUGGGGCGCAAACAUUGAGGAACUCGGCCUGGGGGAGCUCGAAAGUCUGUACAAUUCCUUUGAGAGGCUGAGGAGGGACGUGGCGAUGCGCGCCGACCAGCUCGUCAUAGAGGCCGCGCAUACUCGCAGCUCCAGCGUCGCUGCGGCAGGUAGUACUGUUCCUCCUCCUCCUCCUGGUGUCAAUCUAGGCUUUGGUCGUGGGGUGGAGGGGAGCAUGGCGCUUCCUCCUCCCACUUCCUUUGGUUAUGGCCGUGGGCCCUUUUAG